CCUUGUUACUAUUUGACAAGCCAAGGUUAGAAUCACUGGUCUGUCACCUGACCUUGACUGCUAUUGUAUGUAACUUUUUUCUCUAUUUUAUUUUUUGAGGAAGAGGAAAUGUUCCGACCAAACAUGUUCUUCCUUCUGCUCCUUCCGCCCAUCAUCUUUGAAUCGGGAUACUCUUUACAUAAGGGUAACUUCUUCCAGAACAUUGGUUCCAUCACUCUCUUUGCUGUGCUCGGCACGGCCAUCUCUGCUUUCAUCGUCGGAGGAGGGAUCUAUUUCCUUGGGCAGGCUGGUGUGAUCUAUAAGAUGUCAAUGACUGAUAGCUUUGCCUUCGGCUCACUGAUCUCAGCUGUGGACCCCGUGGCGACCAUCGCCAUCUUUAACGCCCUGGAUGUUGACCCGGUCCUCCAAAUGCUGGUGUUUGGAGAGAGCAUCCUCAAUGACGCCGUCUCCAUUGUCCUCACGAACACGGCGGAGGGAUUUUUUUCCGGCUCAGACAACUCCACAGUAACAGGCUGGGAGACUUUCUUACAAGCGUUGGGUUAUUUCCUCAAAAUGUUUUUUGGUUCUGCUGCUCUGGGAACCCUCACUGGACUCAUCUCGGCUAUUUUUCUAAAACACUUCGAUUUGAGGAAGACUCCUUCACUGGAGUUUGGUAUGAUGAUAAUCUUUGCGUACCUUCCCUAUGGACUGGCAGAAGGCAUCAAACUGUCUGGAAUAAUGUCCAUCCUGUUUGCGGGAAUCGUGAUGUCUCACUACACCCAUCACAACUUGUCUCCGGUCACCCAGAUCCUCAUGCAGCAGACACUGCGCACAAUGGCCUUCAUGUGUGAAACGUGUGUGUUUGCCUUCCUCGGUCUCUCCAUCUUCAGCUUCCCUCAUAACUUUGAAAUAUCCUUCGUCGUCUGGUGCAUAGUCCUGGUUCUUCUAGGCCGAGCAAUAAACAUCUUCCCCCUGUCAUUCCUGCUCAACUUCUUCAGAGAUCACAAGAUCACUCCCAAAAUGAUGUUCAUCAUGUGGUUUAGUGGUUUGCGAGGUGCCAUCCCUUACGCCUUGAGCCUCCAUUUGGGCCUGGAGCCAAUUGAGAAACGGCAGCUUAUUGGCACCACCACCAUCAUCAUUGUUCUCUUCACCAUCCUCCUCAUGGGGGGAGGGACCAUGCCACUCAUUCGCAUCAUGGACAUCGAGGAAAGCAAGUCGCGGCGUAAAAACAAGAAAGACAUCAAUCUCAGCAAGACAAAGAAAAUGGGUAAUACCAUUGAAUCCGAGCACCUUUCUGAACUGACAGAGGAGGAGUACGAGGCGCAUAUCUACCAGAGGCAAGAUCUGAAGGGCUUUAUGUGGCUAGAUGCUAAAUAUCUUAACCCCUUCUUCACUCGCAGGCUCACUCAAGAGGACCUGUUACAUGGCCGGAUCCAGAUGAAGACGUUGACCAACAAGUGGUACGAAGAAGUUCGCCAGGGACCCUCAGGCUCUGAGAAUGAUGAUGAUGAAGCUGAACUUCUGUGAACGUAACAAACAUUUUCCGUGUGAAUGUGCAUCUUUAGUGCACAGUGGUUCUGAAAUGUGUCAAAUUCCAGUGGGGUUCCUGUAAAACUGGAAUCCUAAAUUGUAACACUGGAACCAAAAAAAGACUUACCUGUGAAAUUAUAUUUCUCCUAUAAAUGCCAUAUUGUUACUUGCUAAAGAAACACAGGAAGUUUGGUUGAUCUCUUUCCCUGAUGCUUCUUUACAACACGAAGGUCUGAAGGUCAUAUGGGUAUGUUAAGCAAUACAAGAGCACCUUUUCGCUUUGGUUGGUUCUUCACUUUUGUAUUGUCUCUGAUCUUUGUAACAUAAGCUUAAUUUUAGUUUAAGUCUGUGUCAGGGGAAGGAUGCAUCAUACUGUUGCUACAGGCGUUAUUUUAAAAGUAUGAUUUGAAAUAGGCCACAGGUUGCAGCUUUAAGUGGCUUCCUGUUGAACUACAUUUAAUUCUCUCCAGGUUUCUACAUGUGUAUGCAUUAAUGAAUCUGACUGAACCCAUACUGUACGUAUAUAAUGAAGAUAAAACAAAUAUAUACCAGCAGUGAAGCUGAGCGUCCACUAUAGCCUCCAGAAACACAUCAAAUGAAGAUAAAUACUGGAGAGAGUUAAAACUAAUGAAAAUAAUCAUUUUCCAAACAUCUCGCUUACAGGAUAAUAAUUAUGCUCAAGGAUAUUGCUUUCAUUUGCAAUCAUGGAUACGAUUUGCCUUCACCAGAUCAAGUUUUCUGUUUCUUUUUCAGUCUCUGGCGAGGCUCUUUCCACAAAAUGUGUAUGUAAGGAAAUGUUGCUUUUUUGAUUGUUCACUAUGUAUUCCUAAUGAACAUAGGAAGCAAUGAAUGUGUGGGUAACUGGGAUCAAUAACUUGUGAAUCUAUUUAUUUAUCAAAUAUGUAUGUGUUGUUUGUGGGACAAAAGCUUUUUUACUAGCUCUAUGAGCACUGCAGAAAAAUAGGAACAAAUAUUAAAUAAAACAAUAUUGACAUCCUAAA